GCCACGGCCCCGACACACGGCUGCUGCUGCUGCUGCUGCUCUCAGCCUGCUUUGCAUAGAUAGCAAAGACCUGCUUCGUGAAAGCAUCUGUGCUGGGAGCUGACCAAGCAGCUGCCCUGACAGGCCCUCAGGGUCUAAUUCAGGUCGUUCUGUCACCUCAGUAGGUCAUGGCAUGAGAGGUGUUUGCAGUGAGGGUUUCUGAGGUCACAGAGAAAUCUCCAACUCUGUCCAUGCAGAAAUGUCUCUGUUCCACACUGCAAGGUGCCUCGAAAGCUGCACCCUUUCAGCGAUGGGAAAGGGAGAUAUAAUUUGAAUAUCCCUGAGGUUAGAAUUCACUUCUCUACAUUUUCUUCCGAUCCACAGGUUUACCCAAGCAGCCUGUGAUGUGCAUUAAGCAUCUUCAUGAAAAAUUGCAACAUCUGUGAGCAAAAAGAAAAAAAUCUGAUAGAGUAGAAAUGCUUUUCGAAUCAGCUGAGGGCACAGUCACAAUAACCUUGCAUUGCAACUGAUUGCUCCAUUUUCCAUAACGUUAGUCACAUCUACCUAUCCUGAAAAGCAGAGACCCUAGCUUAACCAUCUGCCAGUGUUGGAGGGAGACACUUUAAAGAAUGACGCCCUGAGAGUGGCGCUGGAGAUCCCAUUUCCUUUGAGGACAGGAGCCAUUCAGCAUCUUCAGCAACUCAUUGCAAUGAGCAAGUUCAGCAGAGGUGACAGGUAGGCCAUGUGAAAGGCGAGAGUGUCUGAUCCUGUAAUGAUCACAUCACGUCCAUUUUCCAUUCCAAAGGAAGAACAAAGAAAAUGAAAAGCGAUGACCAAAGUACACAAUGACACCGAGGUAGCAGUAGGUGAUAAGGGAAUGAAAGGAGCAGCUCAGAGCUCAUCAAUCUCUAAUUGACGAGUCUAUAUGAAGCAGCUACCGUGGCUGUGAAUUGGCUCAGGCUGAGCUUUCUCAGGGGCAAAGGGUUAGAGAUGAUGAGGGAGGACAUGGAAGCCCCAGGAAGGGACUGUCGUAGGAAGUGCUGUGUCUCUGGGAUCAGCAAGGAUGGUUGCAGGUUUUUUUCUCAGCGAACGUGCUAGGAAGAAUCUUCAUUUCCUUGAACAUGUAUUAACAACUUCUCUGCUCUGAAACCCGACAAGGCAGAAUCUUAGAAGGGCCCAUUGAAGGGUAAACUUUCACCUGGAAAAUCUGUGACAAUCUCAGGACCGUCCACUACUCUAGAAACCUCCUUCUAAACCAUGGAGCAGUGCAAAACUACAUGAGAAUAUUCUUAUUACACACAUUAUCGUUUCCUAUAUCACCCUUCACGUUAUUCCAGCUGGUUUUCUGUGACAAACCAGUUUUAUGCCAAGCCAAGAUGACGAGUAUGGGAUCACUCGAGUUGAUAUGGAAAAGCAGAUCGGAGUGAGGGACCUGGGAGAGAGGUAUUUGUCCCAGACAGAUGAAGAAGGGCAGGGCAGAAGGGGCACAGACACACGAGUCCCCUGUUCCCAGAGGAAAUUGCAAUGAGCCCAGACAGCUGAGAAAGCUCAGUGGGGAAGAAGCCGCUGAGCUCGCCAAUGGGCAGCACGGGGUGUGCAGCAGAGCUGGCGAUUGCAGCUGCGGAGGUGAGGAGUGCAGUGCGAGCUGAGCGGGAAGAGCCCCUUGCCAUGGCUGAGGCCGCAGAGGCACGGAAUGCUCCGAAUGCCAGUGGCUGAGGGAGCCACGGCGGCUGCUGCUGGACGAGCGAGAAACGCAGCAGGAGCAUUUCAGGCACGGCAAGGACAGGCCAUUGCUCUGCCUGCUGCCGCUGCUGCUCCCGCUGCUCCCGCACACAGUCGUUUCCGGCACCUCUGUUCUCUCGCCGCUGCGACGUGCUUUCUGCCCCUUCCUCACUCAGCAAACACGCAGCUUGCUCUCGCCAUGCACCUCGCACAUCUCAUCCUCACCGUCUUCCUGGCACAGCUCCUCGGCACCACGGGGCAGAUCACGGUCAUCCAGGAAGAUGCACAAGUCACGGUGAAGCAGGGACAUCCCUUCCACACCACCUGCAAAUACCAGACAAGUAUUAAUGCCUUGCUCUGGUACCAGCUGAAGAAAGGCCAAGCCCCCCAGCUGGUCUCCAGUCAAUCAGUGACUGGCCCCAGGCACAGCGGCCGGAUCACCACGCACCUGAACACCACGGGCAAAUACAGUGACCUGAAGGUGGAGGAAGUGCAGGUGUCUGACAGUGCCUUGUACCUGUGUGCUGUGCGAGACACCCUGGUGCAGGGAGCUUGCUCGGCUGUGCAACAACCCAGGGGAGGGAGGGGAUGUGUCAGUGAAAGGCUUCAGGUUGGGAAAGGGAUGCAGAUCUCACCCCAGUGCUUACCACAACUUGCACCCCAUGAGUGUGCAAUGUCUGAUGGUUUCCAUUACUUCCAUUCUGACACAGCACAGAACAGCAGCUUGCCAGGCUCAGAAGCAGCCCGAGUGCAGCUCACGCUCUGCUGCUAG